ACUUGAAGUUGCUUCCCCAUUUCUCUGUUCCUUUCAGCGUAGCUUUCUGUGCAAGCCUUGACGGCUAGCCUUUGCUUUACUCUCCUUCGCAGCUCUUCAUUUUAUCUCAGUACACGGCCUUUCUCCUAGCCUUCUCUUCAACCCCUACCAUACCUCUGCAAAUCAUCAUGGUCCGCCUUUCCCUCGCAAGCUUCCUCCUGCUCCCCGCCCUCGCUUCCUUUGUCGCCGCUGCACCAGUCCCCACUUCCGCUGGUUUGUCCAAGAGGGCCUUCCAGCUCCUUGACUAUGCCGACUUCCAGAUCUCCGACGGGACUGCCGGUGAUGCGCAAGCUCAGGCCAACGCUGUCUUCGUCGAUCCUUUCGACGGCGUUGAUCUCGCAACCGUCGACGACCAAACCGCCGAUGACAUCGAGACGAUGAGGAAGGCAGCUGAGAGCGCUGAAACGGAUGACUUCAACCCUGCCAUUGAAGCUGCUUCUGGUGACGAAGCUGACGCUCUCCAGAACGGCAAGAUCAAGAACAAGGUCCUGAAAUUGACCGCCGAAGUACAGGGUCUUAACAUCAAGCUUGCCAAAGCACAGGCCGCUGGCCAAUCUACUUCGUCAAUACAGACGAAGAUCGACGCAGAGCAGAAGAAGCUCGACACCAACGUUGCUACUGACAAGAAGAACGCUGGUCAGGCUUCGAAGGGAGUUGCAUAAAGAGGGUGUUCUGAGACUGUCGGGUACUGGGAUUAAUUUAUUUUUGCGUUUGCCGUCAGCGCGGGCUGUCCUUAGGAGCAGAGAAAUCACAAGCAGUCUUCGACAUACUUUGCGUGACCAUAGCAGCGACGACACUCGACGAGCUCGCGCCUGAUGCGGGCUGUUCAAGUUGUCAUUUCGUCGGACUGUUAUUCACAUAAGGUCCCUAGCGGCCUUAAGCCGUCAUGGCAGUAGAACUUGAAGGUCGGCGAACCUGGCUUUUCAUUAUACAUGACAAAACCCGUACAGUAGCGUGCUGCAUUUGUAAACUUCGAUUCCAAGCAACAUCCCUGACUACUGUAGUCC